AUGGAGCGCUACGUCCGAGGCGACGUCUUGGGCGAAGGUACGUUCGGUAUCGUGUACGCUGCCACGCAGAAAAGCACGGGCCGACAUGUCGCCAUCAAGCAGUUCAAGCGCGGCAAGUUCAAAGACGGCGUGAACUUCACGGCCGUGCGCGAGGUGAAGCUCCAGGCCGAGCUCAAGCACGAGAACGUGAUGGAGCUGUUGGAUGUAUUUGUUGCGAGCGACACAAUGAACGUCGUGUACGAGCUCUUGCCGAGCAAUUUGGACGAUGUCAUCAAAGACAAAGCCGUCGUGUUGACCGCGGCCGACAUCAAGGCCUACAUGCAGAUGGUGCUCCAGGGACUCGCCUACUGCCACGAGCACUAUGUGCUGCAUCGCGAUCUCAAGCCCGAGAACCUGCUGAUUGGACCCGACGGACGCAUUAAAAUUGGAGACUUUGGCCUCGCACGGGUCUUUGGUAGUCCGAAUCGCAAUAUGACGUCCAUGGUGUGCACGAUCUGGUACCGUCCGCCCGAGCUGCUCUUUGGAGCGCGAGAAUACAGUGGCUCGGUUGACAUGUGGGGCGCCGGGUGCAUUCUCGCCGAGCUGAUGCUCCGGACGCCGUACCUUACGGGCAUCAAUGAGCUCGAUCAGCUCGGGAAGAUCUUCCAUGCACUGGGGACACCGACCGAGGACGAGUGGCCGAAUGUCAGCUCGCUGGCCAACUUUGUCGAGUUCACACCGAACGUAGCGCCACCGCUGGCGUCGAUAUUCUCUGCAGCGUCGGAGGAUGUGCUGGAUCUGCUGAGCAAGUUGCUGAAGUACAAUCCGGCCGAGCGGAUCACAGCGGCCGAGGCGUUGCAGCAUCCGUACUUUACCAACUCCCCAGCACCGACGCCGGUCGAGAAGCUGCCGUCGACAGCUGCCUCCCCGCAGACGUGA